AUGUCCUACAAACGAUCCCGCACGACAUACGAGGCAGAUCUCCAUGCGCCAUACGCAACAUUCGGCACUCCUCUGCCUGACGACUCCGAGACACGCGACGAUGGCUCCUACCUGCCGCUGUGGAAGCAGGAGGUGAGGGACGAGAGGGGGCGCAAACGCCUCCAUGGCGCCUUUACUGGUGGCUGGAGCGCAGGCUACUUCAACUCGGUCGGGUCCAAAGAAGGAUGGACGCCUUCAAGCUUCGUCUCGAGCCGCAGCAAUCGUCGCAAAGAUGACACGAAAACGGCGCCGCAGCAACGUGCCGAGGACUAUAUGGACGAAGAGGAUCUCGCCGAUGCUGCCGAAGCCCAGCAGCUCCAGACGUCGCAAGCCUUUGCUGGCCUCGGCGCGUCAACCCAGGGGCCCAAUGCUGGAGGUCUGAUGGGCUUGCUUAAGGCUGAAGGAGAUACCAUGGGUCUGAAACUUCUGCGAAAGAUGGGCUGGAAAGAUGGUCAAGGCAUUGGGCCCAAGGUGCGACGAAGUGCUCGACUCGACCUGGCAGGAACGGGACCUGGAGCUGGCGAUACACACCUUUUCGCACCCGAUAAUACCGACAUGAUACACUUUGUGCGCAAAGUUGACCGGAAAGGCCUAGGUCAUGACGGAGAGGCUAAACUUGCAGUGUUGGGUAACAGUCAAGUCACUGCUGCUGCGGAUGAGGAAGAGGCCGACGACGACCCGAUGGUUGGCAGGCUACGGAACACAUCACUGGACACUGUGGGUAAGAAUAAGCCCAAACCUGGACGGGGAGGCAUCGGAGUCGGAAUCCUCAACGACACAGGGUCCGAUGAAGAGGAUCCAUACGAGAUUGGGCCCAAGAUCCGAUACAACCGUGUUAUCGGAGGCGACAAGAAAAAGAAAAAGGCAAAGAAGGCUGUUGCUGCUGUCAACCCAGCCCUUCGGAAUGUGCCCGUAUUUCUCUCCAAAACAGCACGGGCGGGCAACAGCCUUGGUCGGUGCCACGAUGGCCGACUACCCUUGGAUGGCUUUGUUCUCGCCAAAAUUGUCGAGGACUUGACAGAGCUCUUGUCCCAAUAUGCUCCCCCUCCUGUUCCCUCAGGUUGGGUGUCGUCCAAGACACCGGCAGACGGAACCACUUCGUCUUCGUUUGUGUCUACAGCAGAUGCAGCCAAGGCGUCGACUCAUGACGCAAAGUCACGGGCGGCACUUCUGGGAGAGAAGAGCCUACCGGGCAAGUCCGUCUUCGAUUUCAUUUCCAGCACUGCUCGUGACCGACUUGCUACUGGAUCUGGGAAGACAAAUCUCCCUCCGGGUCUUGGCCAGGUCCCGGAAGGAUUUGCCAUGUCCGAGGAAGAGAAACAACAAGCCUUGUGGGACGAAGCCCCCAAACUGGACCGAGAAACAGCUGUGGCAGCAAUAUCCCGGGGUUCUUCAGGCCCGUACGCCGAUGACGAAGCCAAGAAGGCUCGAUACAGGACAUAUCUAGAGCACUUCGCAACUGGUACCCAUCCAUUGCCAUCUAAACCAAUGGGGAUGACUGGCGAUGAGUUUCUACGAGAGUUGGGAGAGUUUUACAACUGCUCAAGGAUCUUCAAACCCAUGACAGGAUUCAUGGCAUCGCGGUUCACCACUGCCAAGAAAGCUACGCCGAUAUCUACGAACGGGUCAGCGGAUACAGAGCUGCUCUCUAAGCCGGAACCGAAGCUGGCGGAUCCAGCAGAAGAGGCGGCCAAGGUGGGCAUGUAUGGUAAGCUGACGAGGACGGUCGAAGACUUUUAUCCGACGCGACUACUUUGCAAACGCUUCAACGUCAAGGCUCCCGCGCAUUCACAGCCAGAUAACGAUGCAGAGCCGAGCUCAAGGUCAAAGGCGCCGAAUGUCCAGCCGACGUGGAUGGAUCGAGAGGCGGAGAUGCGGCCACUUUCUAAGCCCAUGUCUGGGGAGAUGAAGGCAAUUGAAAGUGCCCCUCCGGUAGUACCAACGCCACCAACGGCGGAGGCUGAGGUCGGCAUCAAUCCCGACAAGAACGAAGCGGUAGAAGGGAAGGCAGCCCACGAUGAGGUGCUCCGGGCGAUUUUUGGAGAUACACAAUCCGCCACACUGUCUGGGUCGCAGGAAACUGGUAUUGGACCGUCCGUGUCCCUGGAGUUUGAGAAGAAGACGCCGUCUGCCACAUCCUCGUCGGCAUCGAGCAGCAUCCGGACUACGUCCAUCCGCCACCUCGACACCUCCGAUCCCGAUCCCCAGGUCCACAUCCUCCUGAGCCGCGACCAGUCCCCGCCGCCGCAGUAUCCCGCCUCCGAGGCGUCCACGUCCCGGCCCCCGCCGUUCUCGUCGCUCUUUUCCCAGUCCGACCACGCCCCCGAGCGCGUCGGCAAGUUUGUCGCUGUUGUCGUUGAAGGAGAGGCAUCUGGCUCCGCAGCCGCACCCGCAUACGAACCCUCUGCUCCACGAGAGUCUCGGCCCUUCGACCCGGACCACUCUGCCAGGGCUUUCCGCGACCCUGUCGCUGAGACCAAGCGCGCACUCCCCAGGGAUACCAAGGGGGAUUCUAGUCGCAAGGACGACGACGCCGAACCGCCGCCAGCAUACUCGGAGGGUGAUAGUCCCCUCCUCUCUUUCUCGUACCUGAUGGCUGCCGCCGGAGGAGCCUCGAGUAUUAUUACUCAGGUUCAACAAGCUGGACCGCCAGUUAAUACCAUCGGAGAUGUUGGAGCUGACGAAACCAUUGCCCUGGACCUACGGGGUACCCGAUUUUGCCUCUCCCGAGAUGAAUUGCUCACCUUGCCCGAGUUUGUGUUGCUCUCCCUAUUCCCCAACGGAUUGUUUCCCGAGGGACGUUCAGGCGGCUUCGCAGAUGGCGAUGUGGUGCAAGUAGACUAUGACCCAGCUUCGCUCCAGUACAUGCUCGACUUCUUCCGGGGUGUGGCCGAGUCUAUUCCUACAGAUUCUGGACCCAACUCCCCUCCAGAGGAGGACGUUGUGCCUCUCGGAGGUGCCCCUCGAGACGACGCCAAGCGCGCUGGUAUCAUUGUGCUCCGCGAGGACCUCGACUUCUACGCCAUUCCCCCUCGACCCGACAUUGACCAGAUCAACAUGAUCGAGGUAAAGCGCGCCGCUGCCCAAGCUCUGCAGCAGCAGGACGGCAUCUUCUCCGGCCUGAAACGCAGCGACGAGCCUGGCACGACCGAGGCUCAUCUUAUCGAGAUGCUGACAGCAGGAGGCUUUGACCAUGACGACACCUGGGGUCACCGUGCAGGUGAGCCCAACAAGGCCGUCAUCUGCAGUCUUGCACUUGCGCGCCUCCGCAGCGAUAUCCGCGGUAACGAGAUGGGCACCAAUGCCAUGGGUAUGGCCCAGAAGCUGCUGCUCUUCUGGCGCAAGCCUGCCCGGCGCUGCUGGUGGGAGGGCGUUGAGCUCGAGAACGUUGCGGGCGUGGAGGGCAAGCUCAAGGUCUGGAUCCGAAGGGUGUGGACGCUGGAGAUGAGCGUUAUCGGCCUGCGUUAAAAAGUCCGGUUGGGAGG